AUGCAGGCGGCACCGUCCUGCUACGGCAGCAUGGUUGCCAGCACAUCAGAAGAGGUGACGACUUCAACGUCUUCUUCAACGUCUCGAGAACCAAUAAUCAUGUCCACCACUUCAAAAACCAAUUCUCAAUUUAUUGAAGCUCCCGCAUUUUUCUAUGAUAUGGAUAGUGAUCUCAAGGAAUUAAAGACCGCUCUUAAAGAUGUGGAUCUACUCAACGACUCUGGCUACCGAUCGGUAAUGGAACGAUCCAGCCAUCCGUUUUCGACGAGUCUAGUUUUCCACGAAGACAGUGUGUUUGAUUCUGAAGACGACGCGUCGGACGAGCACUGGGAUGGAUACCUCACAGUGGGCGCUGACCGGAUCAAAAUUCGAGAUAUGUCGGAUAUUCUUGCCACACGAUAUGCUUUCAUUUCUGGAGCUCGCACAUCUGAAGGAUUGACAAUCGUCACGUUUCCGGAUUCGAGAUCGACGCUUCCCUUUGAAGACUACUCGCUUCUUGUCAAGUAUCUUUUGCAAGUUCCUCCCCUGGAGGACAGCCAUAAGGGUUUUGUGAUAAUCAUCGAUCGCCGGAGUGACAAGUGGUCGUCCGUCAGAACACUAUUGUUACAGAUCUCAUCAUUCUUCCCUGGAAAAGUUUGUGUGACGUUCGUCAUCAAGCCGGAAGGCGUUCUUCAGCGAGCUCUCGAAGUUGGAUAUCGUGGAGCAGCGGAUACCUGUACUUUCAAGGUGAUCCAACUCGAGUCAUCUGCCGAACUCCGAAAAUACAUCCAUCACGAACAUUUGACAAUGGACGUUGGUGGCCUCAUAAAGUACAACCACUUGGAAUGGGUGCAACAUAGAAUGGACAUUGAGCGAAUGAAGGCGUCCGCUACAGCCAUCGCCGCGUCUCUUACUGAAUUUGGAAAAACUUUAAGAGAGACAGAACUUCCAAAUGAUGCAGACAGUACAGCACGAAUAUUGGAGUUGCAGACAGCAGAGAAAAUGGCUAUUAAGGAAGAAUUCAAAAUUGCCGUCCGCAAAGGCUUCACCCUGCUCAAGUCCGUCCGGCAGCUGGACAAGAAGCCGACACCUGAACAACUAUCGCCGACUCGGCUACAUAAUGUGACGGCCAUUGAAGGAAACAGAACGAAGCUUUGA